AUGAUGGAGGAGAAAUCUGCAGUAGCAAAUGAUCUAACAAUCAAUGUGGAAAAUACUGAAGGACCUCAUGAUCAUAAGUAUCUUCUUGCUUACCUAUUCAAUGAUGCAUCAACUCCAAGUAGCAACCAGCAGCCAGAAGGGCCCAAGAUACCAAAGGUUCCAAAGAUGCUUCGUGAUCUUGACAAAAAUAAAGGUUGCUUUGAUCCUCGUGUGGUUUCCAUCGGUCCUUAUCACCAUGGGGAACCUCAGCUCGAAGAAGGUGAGAAACUCAAAACUAAACUGGCAAGGCUGCAUCGUAAAAGUCCUCGUGAGGUUGCUAUUUUAUACGAGAGAGUCAAAAACGUGGCCAGUGAUGCUAGGGAAUUCUAUGAUAAAGAAGGAUUGAAAAAUAUUGAUAAUGAGGCAUUCACAAAAAUGAUGUUUAUUGACGGUUGCUUCAUUCUAGAGUUCAUUAUCAUGUGCUUGCCGCCGAUUAGAAAUCAAAAGGAGUAUCAUCCUAAGGAGAUGAUAACUAAUGACAUAGCUAAUGUCAAGCGAGACUUGUUCUUGUUAGAGAACCAACUUCCUUACAUUGUCCUCAAGAAGUUAAUGGCGGGCAGUGAAGAACAUAAUUGGGAAAUGAGGAUUAAAAACUUCAUCACUAUCUGUCGAAGAUUUAAUCCUGCAGUCAAACCGGAAGAUAAAUCUCCUCUUCAUCUUCUACACAUGAUGAUGGCAAGAUUUGUGAUACAAAGUGCUACUGUCCCAGGCGGAAAAUCUCAAAUAUCAGAGACCGCUGAUUGGAGAAGCAGUUCUGACGGCAGGUUCGGCCCCAACAAAACAGCCAGUGAUGGGUACUUUUAUCAUCCAGCCAGGGUGCUCAAGUCCAUCGGAAUCAAGUUCAGACCAAACAAAACAGGUAGUUUUAGUGAUGUCAAGUUUGAACCUCAUCUACUGGUCAGGGGAAUGCUCACACUUCCUCCAAUACGCAUAGAUGCCUCCACCAGAUCCCUGCUGCUCAACUUGUUGGCUUUCGAAUCGAGUUGCGAUAACAACUCUUCGGACAACAUGCAGCAGGGUGUCAUCACAUCUUAUAUGUGCUUCAUGGACUCACUCAUUGACAGUGCUGAAGAUGUGAUGAUCCUCAGGACUCAGAAGGUCAUCAACAAUUGCUUGGGAAACGACCAACUGGUUGCAGAUCUAUUUAACGAAAUCGCAAGCAAUUUGGUCCCAAACCCUCAUACUUAUGCUGAAGCUAAGCAUGGAAUUCAAAAACAUUGCGAAAACAGGUUCAAGGAAUGGAUGGCAGAAUGUCACCACAACCAUUUCAGGAACCCUUGGACACUUCUUGCAUUAUUUGGUUCCCUUUUACUCAUCACACUGACAGCUGCUCAGACUUAUCUUGCAGCGAUGCAGCUCAAACAAUGA